CCGAGCCGACGUCCCCGUUCCUCGACUCUUCUACAAACAAGACGCUUUUCGGGCCCGAGGCUCCGUUUGUCCCCGGGUCCGCCCGGAAGGUUCUCCUUCACCGAUCGUCUGAUCUGGAACCGACGGGUCCGGUCCGUCCGACACGAGCCUGAUACCGUGACGUCUCAGACGCGGAGCACCGCUUCACCACAUGAUCCUCCGUGUCUCGAGCUGGACUCGCUCCAACCGCCGCGAAGAUGAAGGCAGCGGACGAACCCCCCUACCUGAACGUGGGGACGGACGUCAGUGCCAAGUACAGAGGAGCCUUCUGCGAGGCCAAGAUCAAGACGGUGAAACGCAUGGUGAAGGUCAAGGUGACUCUGAAAGGUGACAGUACAUCUCAGGUGGUGCAGGACGACCAGGUGAAAGGAAAUCUGAGGGUGGGCUCCACUGUGGAAGUGAAGACCAACGAGGGUCUGUCCAGCGAGGCCGUCAUCAGUAAACUGACCGACGCCAGUCUCUACACCGUGGUGUUUGACGACGGAGACGAGAAGACUCUGCGUCGUACGUCUCUGUGUCUGAAGGGAGAGAGACAUUUUGCAGAGAGUGAGACGCUGGACCAGCUGCCGUUGACGAACCCGGAGCAUUUCGGAACUCCGGUCAUCAACAAGAAGUCGAACCGAGGUCGUCGCUCAUCUCAGGCCGUGGCUGAAGAGGAGAACGAGUCUUCGUCUAGUGACGAUGAGGAGGACGACAGGAGGAGGGUGAACGACGAGCUGCUGGGUAAAGUCUGCAGCAUCGAGAACGAGGAGGAGCCAAUCAACUGGUACCUGGCUCUGGUUGUUUCUCCAAGCUGUAACGAUGAGCUGGUGGUGAAGAAGGAUCAGUGUCUGGUCAGAUCGUUCAGCAACUCCAAGUUCCACACAGUGGCGAGGAGACACGUCCACCCGGUCAACGCCAUCAGCAUCAGCAAGUUCUCUUCCAGGAGAGGUGUAGAAGCAGCCCAGAUGUUUGUGCGCAGCGGGGAGGUUCCAGAUGUGUGGAAGAUGGACAUGAGUCAGAUCCUGGACUCGUCCUCCAGCGACGACGAUGAAGAGAAGGAGAGUGAGGAAGAGGAGGAGGAUGAAGAGGAGAAGAAAAAGAAGAAACACAUAAAGGAGGAGCCGGAGGAGGAGCCGGACCCGGAGGAGAGAGAUCACUUCCUGCAGCAGCUCUACAAGUUCAUGGAGGACAGAGGGACUCCCAUCAACAAACCUCCAGUGUUGGGUUAUAAAGACCUGAACCUCUUCAAGCUCUUCAGACUCGUCUAUCACCUGGGAGGCUGCCACAAGAUUGAGUCUGGGACCGUAUGGAAGCAGGUCUACAUGGAUCUGGGGAUCCCCAUCCUGAACUCUGCUGCAUCCUACAAUGUGAAGACGGCCUACAAGAAGUACCUGUACGGUUUUGAGGAGUACUGCCGCUCCGCCUCCAUCACCUUCAGGACCAUCCAUCACAACAACCCCCGCCCUCCCCCCACACCAGACAACCAGAAGACGGCAGGGGCGGAGCCCAAAGGGCCCCCCACGCCACCGGUGAAGGUGGAGCCUGUAGAUGACAAGGAGGAGGAGGAGGAGGAGGAGGAGGUGGAGUCAGACAGUGAGAGCGAGAAGGAGGAAGUGAAGGAGCAUCAGUCGUCCCCGAGGGGGAGGAGGAGGACUGUGAAGGCAGAGCGAGGAGGAGGAGGAGGAGGAGGAGACAACAUGGAGGACCUGAGGGAGAUGAGGAGACGCAGCCACAGGAGAAUGGACGACUCUGACAAAGGCUCUGAGGAGGACGAGGACGACGAAGAGGAGGAGGAGCUGGAGAGGAGCAGAGGAGACAGGAGUGACGAGGACGAGGACUCAGUGGCGGGGACAAAGGUGCGGGUGAAGUACGGCAGAGGAAAGACUCAGAAGAUCUACGAGGCUCACAUCAAGAAGACGGACAACGACAACGGAGAGACGUUCUACCUGGUUCACUACUACGGCUGGAACGUCAGGUACGACGAGUGGGUGAAGGCAGACAGGAUCAUCUGGCCGGUGGACAAAGGGACGAAGAAGAGACAGAGGAAGAAGAUGAAGCAGAACAGAGACGACGGGGAGAAGGACGAGGAGAAGCCGGCACUGAAGCCUUCGGGGGCGAAGCGCGGUCGUCCUCAGAUCAGAACCACACCGACCGGGCCGCCCGGACGCAGCGUCUCCAACACACCGAGCAGCGAGGGACGGUCCAAUGGCAAGAGCGGCGGGAUGGAGACGUCCGCCUCCCUGGUCAACGGAGACAACACGCCUCGCAGGAGAACCAGGAGAAUGUCGGGCAUGUACGACUCGGACAGAGCGUCCAUCGAGGAUUCUGGGAACUCCUCGGACGACGGCGAAUCAGAAGACCCGCCUGAUAAAAAGCCUUCGCCAUGGCGAGGGAGAGCUGAAGCCCCACCCUGCCAGAAAGAAGAGGAGGAGGAGGAGGAGCAGCAGGAAGAGGAAGAAGAAGAGGAGGAGGAAGAAGAAGAAGAAGAAGAGGAGGAGGAAAGGGAGGAGGAGACCAGUGAGGUUGCAAACAUCACAAUGCCUCCUGAUGACAACGAGGCUGUCGCCAUGGCAACAACAGGUCAGCCACCUGCCCCCGCCGCGGCAGCAUGUCCUAGCAUUCCUCAGGAGAAAGCUCACAAAGUGCAGAGCCAAUCGGAUGGGGAGGAAGAGGCAGAGCUGGGGGAGGAGCCUCCAGUGGAAGUGGGCGUGACAUCGGUUCCCCUGGAGAACAAAACGUCUUCUCCUGGACAGGAAGUGAUCAUCAAAUCGUCUCUGCCCCCCAACAAGAACAAGAUGUCUCCUGAAAAGCAGCAGGUCGUCUCCCCUCCACCUGCCGAGGAUGAGGACAGACCCUCCCCCAGGGUCAAAGGUCGCAGGGCCAACCUCAGGGAGUCGGGCUCUGAAACUCCUCCCAGAAUCCACCCCUGCACUCCCAGCCCCACCCCCGCCGCCAGCCCCUCCCACACCCCAGCACUGUCGUCUCCUCCCCGUGGUGUCCUGAAGCGACAGGACGAGCCAAUGGUGGUUCUCCACUGCCUCCCCUCAGAGCACCUCCCCCCCUCGGAGCCCCUCCCUCCCUCAGAGCCCCUCCCCCCCGAGUCUCCCACUGCGGACUCUGACACCGACUCUGCCACCGAGGAGGAGGAGGAGGAGGCGGGGUCACCUGAGGGGAGGGGCGGCGUGGCGCUCAAACGUAAAGCAGCAGAGCAGACUGUGGUAGAGAAGAAGCUCCGGCCAGACAGGAGGCAGGAGGAGGUCAUAUCCCCCAAAAACCCCGCCCCCAGACCCAAAACCCUCAGCUCACCGCCCCGCCCAGAGAGAAUGAGCGAGGGGCUGAUGAAGAUGGAGGAGCGGCCCCAUCCCAGAGAGGAGACGCAGCAGGAGGAGUCAGAGGAGCGUCUGAAGGGUGGAGCCAUGCAGGAGAUACAGAUGCAUGUUGGGACACCUCCCCUUGCCUCAGAGGCUCCUGGCCCCGCCUCCUCCCCCGCUGAGGAGCCGCAGAUUGGCCCCGAGUCGCUUGUCUGUCACGAGGUCGACCUGGACGACCCCGACGAGAAGGAGAAGCCUGUCACCUCCCCGGAGCACCUCCUCCUAAUGAUGAGGGAGCCGCAACAAGCUCCGCCCCCACUGCCUCACCUCCUCCAGGCUUCCCUCCCCCCCCCCCACUCACCUCACCUCCUCCAGCCUCAGAUCAGGCCCUUCCUCCCCACCGACGCUCCAGGCUCCGCCCCCUGCUCCGAGGAGCUGCAUCCGGCCCGUAGCGCCGGCGAGGAGGAGAGGGGCGCGGCAAGGGCGGAGCAGGAGGGCGACUCCAGUCCCGGGUUUGAUGGCUCCGCCUCCUCCUCCACCACCUCCCUGAUGUCACUGCCGGAGAACAAGGAUAGAGGUCAGAAGCGGGGGCUAGACUGUAGCUUCAGUCCAUCGUCUAAGAAACACAAACGCAACCAGAAGCGAGCGCACACGCCCGGGAAGGUGGAGAAGAACGGAGAAGGUCACAGCAGCGACAGCGAGGACCAGAUGUCCAGGUCCCAGAAGCCUCGGUGUCCCAGUCUGUCGUCUCCGUCGUCUCACAGCAAAGACAAACACAACUUCUCUCCUCAGAGGAACUACAAGUGGACAUUCCAGCUCGAUGAGCUGGACAACAUGUCGAGCACAGAGAGAAUCUCCUUCCUGCAGGAGAAGCUGCAGGACAUCAGGAAGUACUACAUGACCCUGAAGUCGGAGGUCGCCUCCAUCGACAGACGCAGGAAGAGACUAAAAAAGAAGGAGAGAGAAGUGUCCAACACGACGGCGUCGACCUCGUCGGGCUCCUCGGACACGGGGAUGAGUCCGUCCUCGGCCUCGCCCACUCAGAACACUGUCGCCGUGGAGUGCAGGUGAUGACACGCCCACCCAGGCCCCCCCCCCACUCCACCUUUCCUUCUCUCCCCACUCAGCCCCGCCCCCUUCACCCCCAGACACCAUCCUGCUCAGCCAGCAGAGGGGCAUGAUGGGAGAAAAAAAUGUCAGACUCCAGGUGAGAGUUUGUCACCUGCAGCAGUGGCUGAUGGGAACGCCGUCACUGUGGGGGGAGGGGGUACUCCCACCUGACAUUAGCCCCGCCCCCUCACCUAAGGACUCACUUCCUGUUCAAGGAGACAAAUGUUACAGAAAAAUCAGCUCGUCAUCUGUUCAGCCGCCACAGAGCACUUCGUCCUUCCUUCCUCCCUCCUUCCUGCUUCCUCAGUCCCUUGUUUCCUCAUUUCAAAAUAAUGUGACAGCUAUGAUUUUUGGGGCAGAAAGAGGAAACAGAUUCCUGUAGCAGCGCAGCUCAUGAUGCUAAUUAUUUUCCAUUUCUUUUUAAUUUAAUUUUUUAAGAAAACAGAAAAUAUUAUUUAUUAAGAAAAAAAGGAAACGUCCCGACUUCCUGCUGAGAGUUUGAUCUUUUAUAGUCAGAGCUUUUAUUUUGGUAAAAAAUAAACAAAGCAAAAUUCAAUGUUUCAUCACGCCAGCGCGCAAAAAGGUGUCGUGUGUGUCCGUCCGUGUGUGUUUUGAACAGUGAAACUUCUUCCGAUCAUUUAAUUUUUUUCAUAAAUCAAAUGUGAUUUACAAUAUUUUUUUAAAGAUUACUGUGACGUAAUCUCAUAAUUCUGACCUAGGGAAUUAAUUUGACGUUACAGAUUUUAAUCUCAUAAUUCUGAUUUGAAUAAUUUUCUUCAUAGAUCAAGUUUGAAUAUUUCAUUGUUGUGCUUUGGAAAAGUCUAGAUUCAUCAAAUCUAAACUAUUAUUUUGAUGCCCCCCCUCCUCCCCCCGCUCUGUGGCGGAGGUCCGGACCGGUGCUGACUCCGCCUCCUGAACAUUUCUUUGUGUUGUACAUAAAAAGCUCAGAGUGAAGAAGAAGCGCCACAUGUAUCAGAACGUUUUACACGCUGUAAAGAAUGAUUUAUAAUAUUUUUUAAGAGAAGACUCUUUGUACCGUUGUAUUAUGAACUCCUCAGUUGUUUUUCCUUUUUUUCUUCCUAUGGUGUUUUUCGCUCGCGGCAGCGACUUGUAAAUACAAAAACACACUUCCUGUCGAUGGAACCGUGUGCACAAUAAAAACAGAGCUCUCUGUUUCUAAUAAAGUUUUUAAAUAUG